AUGAAGCUGCAAAGCAAAAAAAAGAGAACUAAAAAACUCUCAAAGGAUCAAGGUGUUGAGCUUGGAGAAGUUGGCAUAGAUAAGGGAUUUGAGAAUAUCUUUACCAAUAAGGCAGCCAAAUUUAAUGGGAAAUUGGGAGGUGAUGAAGUGUUUAUUGAUUCAUCAGAUGAACCAAGUGAAGAUAGUGAUGAGGAGCUAGAUGUUCUAGCACAACCAGGUGUUGAUUUACCUGCAAGAAGAAAAAGCAACAAAUUGAUGUAUGAUUCUUCUUCAUCUGUUUCUUUCUUUGAGUUAGGUAUGAUAUUUGAGAGUGCAACUCAAUUUAGAAAGGCUGUUGCUGAUUAUGCUGUUCAACAUAAGGUUCAGUUAAGGCUUAAGCCCAAUGAACCUCAUAGAGUUAGGGUAAAAUGUGAAGGGAAGUGUAAAUGGGAAAUCUUUGCAAGUUUGGAUAAAGAUUCUGGAAAUUUUUUUGUGAAGAAAUACUUUCCUGCUCAUAGAUGUAUUUCAAAGAAUAAGAACAGGUUGUGCACAACCAAAUAUGUGGAAAUGAAAAUGAGGGAUAGAAUAAUAUCUCAACCUGACAUGAGAGUUCAUAAGCUUCAAGAGACACUAAAAAAAGAAUGGGGCUUAAAAGUGGGAAGAUCAAUAUGUUACAGGGCAAAAAUGAAUGUUAUUGUCAAGUUCUUAGGUGAUUGGAAGCUUGAGUUUUCAAGGUUGUUAGACUAUGCUGACAUGAUUAAGAGUACAAAUCCUGGGAGUUCUUGUUGGGUUAGAACUGAUAAUGAAACAGUCCAUGGCUUACACUUGUUCAAAUAUUUCUAUGUUUGCUUUGCUGCAUUGAAAAAUGGAUGGCUGGAAGGUUGUAGGAAGAUUAUAGGAUUGGAUGGAUGCUUUCUGAAGGGUGCUUGUAGAGGAGAAUUAUUAGUGGCUGUUGGAAAAAAUGGAAACAAUCAAAUCUAUCUCAAUGAAGACUUGCAACUUGGUGAUGGAUGUGGCAUAACAGUCAUGUCUGACAUGCAAAAGGGUCUUGAGGUAGCAGUUGAAGUCUUACUUCCUAAUGCUGAAAGAAGAAUGUGUGCAAGACAUAUUUGGGCAAACUGGCAAAAAAGAUGGAGAGGUGAGGAAAGGAGAAAAGCAUUUUGGAGGUGUGCCAAAGCUAGCUUUGAGGUUAAAUUGAGAGAUGAAUUUGAAUAUUUGGGAAAAUUGGGUGAUAGAAUAUGUGAGGCAUUGCUUGGAUAUAACAAAGAAUAUUGGUGUAGAGCUUUAUUUAGUGAAAGAUCAAAGUGUGAUGUGGUGGAAAAUAAUAUGUGUGAAACAUUUAAUUCAUGGAUUGUUGGUCCUAGACAUAAAUCUGUGAUUAGUAUGCUUGAAGAUAUUAGACAUAAAAUGAUGGAUAGGCAUGGAGAUAUGAUUAAGUUUGUAGAUACUUGGAUCGGUGACAUUUCACCUAUGGCAAGAUUGAUUUUAGAAGAAAACAAAGAGAUUGGUAGGACACUAAGGGUGAAUUGGAAUCAUGACAUUGGAUUUGAAAUUCAAGAAGGAGAGUAUAGACACAUAAUUGACAUGACUAGAAAGACAUGUAGUUGUAGGUUGUGGCAGUUGAAGGGCAUACCUUGCCAACAUGCAGUUUGUGCCUUAUAUCACAUUGGGCAAGAACCAGAAGAUUAUGUGGAACAUUGGUACAAAAAAGAUACAUUCCUAAGAGCUUAUAAGUACUUCUUACAACCCAUCUCCAAUAUGAUAAUGUGGCCUGACACCAAUAACCCACCAGUUGAGCCUCCUGAAGUGAAGUCGAUGCCUGGAAGACCAGCCCUCUCAACAGCCCACACAAUAGCCUGCAAGGCCUUUUCAACAACCACCAGUGAGGCAGCCUUCACAAUCACCAUUGAGGCAGCCUAG